AUGCGAGUCAUCAACACAUAUGAUGACUUGGUAGAGGAUGCCACGAGCAGUGAUGAUGAGUGUGAUGAGGGUGAUGAGGGUGAUGAGGAGGGUGAUGAGGAGGGUGAUUUGUUGCCGUUUCCUGAUGCUUUUUACCAGGGCCAUCCUGUAGGUUCGAGCGAUCACGUGUCUACUGGCUCGACCCAUGUUAGUACUCGGGUUGGGCCGCUACGUGGUAAGGAUGGGCGUUUUGCUUCAUCAUCUAGUGGGAGCGUCCCUUCACGGAAGAAGUUGGUGGAUCAGACAUGGCUGCUUACAGGAGCAGGUCCUGGGGGUCCGAGUGACCAUAGUUUGAUCCCUAGUUUCGGUGGUCACAUAAGCCAUCGUUUGUGGACUUUGGAUUUGGAUUUUCGAGUGAUGUCUGAGUAUCAGUUCUACACUCGGCAGGGUGGAGUGGAUCGACUGAGGUUGUACAAGUUCUCGACUCCACGUGUAGAGAACUUGGUUAGGGCAUCGAAUUUGUACCACUUGAGUAGUUGCAUGAUGCAUAGUGUGGAUUACCCUCUCUUGGAGGCGUUUAUUGAGAGGUGGCAGCCGGAUACCAACACGUUUCACAUGCCGUUCGGGGAGAUGACGAUCACUCUUCACGAUGUUUCAUUCCUGCUCCAGAUUCCAGUGGAUGGAGAGUUACUUGCUGCACCAGCUAAGGGUGAUCCGUCGUUCGUGAGUGGGAUUGUUGAUCUUCUUGGGAUUCCAGGUAAGAAUGCAGUGGCAGCGCGUGGCAUCCGUUGGUAUGACGGUGGUGGGAUGUUGGUAGAUGAGGCCAUGACACGUCUACAUGCUAGGGAGGAUGGAGAUGCUGAGGCACGAUGCUAUUUAAUGUGUUUGAUAGGGUCCACGCUUUUUGUGGAUAAGAGUUCUGAUCGUGUUCGUGGAUGGUUGUACUCUUACUUCAGAGAUUUGCAGAUGGUUAGUAAGUAUGCAUGGGGUGCUGGUGCGCUUGCCUGGAUGUAUAGGUAG